UAGUAGCCCCACCAAGAGUGACAGUUACUCUUUGCAAAAGGGGAAUGAGAGGACAUGGCCAUUUAUAAUUUAUAAACCAUUGUAGUCUCACAUGGGAGUUUUUGCACUUUGGAAUGGCUUCUCAUCCCUCUUUGUUCACCGCCUUCUUGCUUUUCAUUUGCACUGCAUUGUUCUUGAUCGCAUCUACUAGCAGCAGUCAAAACGUUACACUGUCUUUGUACUAUGAAACUCUGUGCCCAUAUUGUGCAGAUUUCAUAGUGAACCAUUUGGUUAAAGUCUUUGACAAAGGACUCAUCUCCAUUGUCAAUCUCAGAUUGAUCCCCUGGGGAAAUGCUUUCAUCCAACCUAAUGGCAGCUUUGUUUGCCAGCAUGGUACGAAUGAAUGUUUCCUAAAUGCUAUCGAAGCCUGCACUGUAACCAUUUACCCUGAUGCGGUCAGGCAUUUUAGAUUUAUACACUGUGUUGAGAAAAUGUCCUUGGAAAACAAGAUGAACGAGUGGGUUAAUUGCUUUGGUAUGAGUGGGCUGGGCAAAGCACCAAUUGAUUGCUACACAAGUGGAUAUGGGGAAGUGCUUCAGAGAAAAUAUGCAGCUGAAACUUCCCAGCUCAAUCCACCCCAUAGAUUUGUGCCAUGGGUGGUUGUGAAUAAUCAACCACUCCGAGAGGACUUUGAGAAUUUUGUGAGCUAUGUCUGCAAGGCUUAUAGAGGGACGAAAAUCCCAGAGGCCUGCAAAUCACUUCCUCUGGAGAGCAAUUCAUCGCAGAAGGAAAAUCACAUUAAUUCAGUUUGCUAUGUAGACCAAACCAGCAACCUGACAUCAUCAGCACCGGCAAUAAAUUGAAGUCCCAAGAUCAACCGUGCUCGAUGGUCUCAAUGAAUUAAGGUGGAAUCUUGACUUACUGAUAUGAUAUUGUUGAUCAAUGUGCUCUAGUGGGUGUACGGUAAACUUUCCAGCUGAUAUAGUAUUCAGAUUGAGUUUUCUUGUGUUGGUCUGUAGAGAUCAGUCUAGCCAGAACAGAAUGAGAAAUACUAUUUGCUGUUGUGUUUAGGUCAUUGCAGAUGUAGCAUUUAAGAGCAUGCUUCGUUUUACCUUAAA